AUGACUUCAAGAAGAAACGAAUAUUUAUCAAGUGCAGCAUAUAGAAGGCUAACUGAGGAACAGCGAGAAUCAUAUAUACAAUCUUUAUUUGAUGAAAUUUGUGACGAUGACGCUCCCUAUGACUUUGACUCAGAAGAUGAAGAAGAAAUUCAAUUCAAUGACAUUGAAAUUGCUGAUGACGAUGUUGAAGUUUCGCAAAGUGCCGCAGAAGUAUUACCUGAUUAUGCGGACUAUGAGGAUGAUGAAGAAGACGAUGAAGAAGAAGAAGUAGAAGAAAAUAAUGAAUUACCUGCUAGUGCCGAAAAAUUUUUUGCACGUGAUGGUACUGAGUGGAUGAAAGAACCAAAUCGAGAAUCAUAUAUACAAUCUUUAUUUGAUGAAAUUUGUGACGAUGACGCUCCCUAUGACUUUGACUCAGAAGAUGAAGAAGUAAUUCAAUUCAAUGACAUUGAAAUUGCUGAUGACGAUGUUGAAGUUUCGCAAAGUGCCGCAGAAGUAUUACCUGAUUAUGCGGACUAUGAGGAUGAUGAAGAAGACGAUGAAGAAGAAGAAGUAGAAGAAAAUAAUGAAUUACCUGCUAGUGCCGAAAAAUUUUUUGCACCUGAUGGUACUGAGUGGAUGAAAGAACCAAAUAUGAUCUUUCAGAUACUGCUGUUGACAACGAAACUGGAUACGCAACUUCAGCUGAAUGUGGAACUGGCAAUGAAAGGGUAG